GCAGGGUGAACUCACCCACCAGAAACAGCCCAGGAUUGUGGAAUCUAUUGUUCUGUUGUUUCUCAUCUCUGUUGGCUUCACAUCAGGGUCAACUGCAUUAACUGGACCUGAGAUGGUCAGAGGAGUAGUGGGAGAAUCAGUCACUCUGGAAUGUCAGUAUGAUCAGAAAUACAAGGACUACGUGAAGAAAUGGUGUAGACGUGAUCCGGACGUUGGUUGUAAGGAUCUGGUUCCGACUGAGAAGCCACAAAAUGGACGCAUAUCAAUUACUGAUAACAAAACACAAGGGAUAUUCUCAGUAACCAUGGACAAUCUAAAGAACAGUGAUGAAGGGCUGUACCAGUGUAUGAUACAAAAGGCGAAUGAAAACUUUACCAUUUCACUGGAGUUUCCUGAAGGCUUAACCGGACCUGAGAAGGUCAGAGGAGUAGUGGGACAAUCCGUCACUGUGGAAUGUCAGUAUGAGCAUGAAUACAGGGACAACGUGAAGAAAUGGUGCAAGAAAUGGUUCUUUCUUUGUGAUGCUCUGGUUUCGACUGAGGAGCCACAACAGGGAAGAGUAUCAAUUACUGAUAAGAAAACACAAGGGAUAUUCUCAGUAACCAUGAACAAUCUAAUGAAGAGUGAUGAAGGGUGGUACCAGUGUACGAUAGUAAGGGCGUUCUACAAACCAAACAAAAGGUUUACCAUUUCACUGGAGGUUUCGGAAGCUCCAGAAAAGGAGGCAACAACCUUGGAAAUUUCCACUGAAAUCAUGUGGACUACUUCACCUCGGAACUGGAUGUCCACCAAGAAAGCAGAAUCCACUGAGACUUCAGUUUCCUCACAUCCGAUGAGGAACACUGAGCGGAAAAUUCACUACGUUUGGGCUCUGACCCGUUGGAUACUCUUUGGAGUUCUGGUUCUUUCCACCAUUUCUACAAGUUGCAUGACAGCUUUUCCAAGACAAGCAGAUGAGAAAGUCCAUGAAAAGCAGAACCUACGACAAAUACAAAUCAGCACGAAUAUGGAGCUGCUGCAGGGUGAACUCACCCACCAGAAACAGCCCAGGAUUGUGGAAUCUAUUGUUCUGUUGUUUCUCAUCUCUGUUGGCUUCACAUCAGGCUCAACUGCAUUAACUGGACCUGAGAUGGUCAGAGGAGAAGUGGGAGAAUCAGUCACUCUGGAAUGUCAGUAUGAUCAGAAAUACAAGGACUACGUGAAGAAAUGGUGUAGACGUGAUCCGGACGUUGGUUGUAAGGAUCUGGUUCCGACUGAGAAGCCACAAAAUGGACGCAUAUCAAUUACUGAUAACAAAGCACUAGGGAUAUUCUCAGUAACCAUGGACAAUCUAAAGAACAGUGAUGAAGGGCUGUACCAGUGUAUGAUACAAAAGGCGAAUGAAAACUUUACCAUUUCACUGGAGUUUCCUGAAGGCUUAACCGGACCUGAGAAGGUCAGAGGAGUAGUGGGACAAUCCGUCACUGUGGAAUGUCAGUAUGAGCAUAAAUACAGGGACAACGUGAAGAAAUGGUGCAAGAAAUGGUUCUUUCUUUGUGAUGCUCUGGUUUCGACUGAGGAGCCACAACAGGGACGAGUAUCAAUUACUGAUAAGAAAACACAAGGGAUAUUCUCAGUAACCAUGAACAAUCUAAUGAAGAGUGAUGAAGGGUGGUACCAGUGUAUGAUACAAAGGGCAUUCUACAAACCAAGCAAAAGGUUUACCAUUUCACUGGAGGUUUCGGAAGCUCCAGAAAAGGAGGCAACCACCUUGGAAAUUUCCACUGAAAUCAUGUGGACUACUUCACCUCGGAACUGGAUGUCCACCAAGAAAGCAGAAUCCACUGAGACUUCAGUUUCCUCACAUCCGAUCAGGCCGAAAGCUUUAUCCCAAAGUCACCUUAUACUGACAGUUGCCUUGUCAGUUCUCUUCCUGCUGUUCAUUGCUGCUGUCAUUGUUUGUGCAAAACUCAGGCAGAAGAUGAAGACUGGUACACACGGACAGAGGAUUAACGGUGCAGAAAAUCUAGCUGGAAACGUCACAGAAAUGCCGGUGGUAUAUGCCAGUGUGAAGCAUCGCAGAGACAAUGUGGAGAGCACGUAUAUGAAUCUUACAGUUCAAGAUGCUCCUAGAAAUGCAAGAACACAACAUGCCUCAGAAACUGUAGUGUAUUCAGCGGUUGCUCAGCAAUAAUAAUUAACUCAAUCACCAAAGAACACCUGGAAAGCAUCGCAAAUACAGUCGGGUGAACGUUUCUUUGUUUUAGUGCAGCUAUUUCCCACAAACCCCCGACCAUGACAGCUUUCUAUGGGGCUGUGUUGGCCUGGUGCAGGAGCAAGCAGCUGGUGACCACUUUGGUCUUCAUCCCCCCUUGUCCCUGAACAAGCUCAGAGGUGUUCAGCAACCAUGGACUUGAUGAAAUCUGUGCGCAAGUCAAGGUGGCAUGGAGCCCGAUGCUGGGGGAAUGUUGAUAUGGGUGGAGGGACGGCUGGUAGCUGGUGCUUGGGGUUGGGUUGGUAGUUGUCGGGGGGUGGGGUAGUGGAAUGGGCUGACAGAAUGCAUUCUGGUAAUGGAGGUGACAAAGUGUUGAGGAAGUGGUGCGGAGGGAAGCUCGUGAUGUACUGGGGAGGGAGAAGUUGGAGGUGUUUAGGAGAGGGAAAGGGGAGUUGCUAGGGUGCUGGGGAAUGGGAAGUUGGCCACGUGUGGAGGAAGGGGUGGCGAUUUGUUGGUGUAUUGAGCAGAGGCAAGGGAAAUUGGUGGUGUGUUGGGGCAGGGAUAGUGGAAGCUGUCAGUGUGUUGGGAGGACGGAGUUCUCAAUGUUGUGGACAGGAGAUGGAGAUGCUGUCAAUGUGGUGGUUUGUUGUAUUCAGUGUAUUGGUGGGGAGUUGUCAAUAUGUUGAGAGGAGGGAGUUAUCAGUGUGUUUAGGAAGGGGAAAAGAGACACUGGAAACACACACAAAAUGCUAUAGGAACUCAGCAGGUCAGGCAGGACCUAUGGAGAGGAGUAAACAAUGUUUUGGGCCAACAUCCUUCAUAAGUUCCCAACACACUCCCCACCAACACACUGUUAGCAUCUCCUUUGCAAUUCCCCAACACACUGCCAACUUCUCCCCAACCCCCUCCCCCAGCACAAUGUAUAUCAUUCUAUAUUUUGAUUUACAGAGAAUGCUGAAACUUACAAACCAGGAACUGCAGCCUAAAGUUGAACUACAGGAAACCGAUGCCUGGUUACCAGCCUAACGACAAUCCCAUAAACCCACAGAUCGAAAGCUUACCCGUGUACAUAAUAAACUAAAAGCAGAACUGCACACAGCUCAUGCAACACACAAGGAACUCAACUGUAAGGAGAGAGGAGGAUAUUCUCAUAAGCUGAUACCUGGGUCUGGUGAAGAUGAGGUGGAUAGCAGAGGGCUCUGCCCAGGCUGACUGUUUGACAACCUUCCGGGGUAUAUCUGUGCCCGUGGAGAACAGUCACUCAGUGCUCUUGGGUACCAUGGAGGGGUCCUGGGACUAUAGAGCACUGCAGGAGUUAAAUAUAUCAUAGACUGUGUUGGAAAUAUUCUAAUUUAGUUUGAGUUAGUCAUUGUAUUGUCUCUGCUUUGUAGUAUUGUAGAAUUACAAAUUUGCAAUAAACCUAUUUUUGUAAUUAAUAUAAAACAAAGUACCCAAACUUAAAUGCACACAGAGCAUGUAGACUCUGAAGCUCGAUAUGUAAAAGCCUUACCUCACUGUGAAUGCACUGCACAUGUGGGGGAGAGAGAGUGAGGGAAAGACAGAUUAAAAACAGUAUAAGAAGAAAGAAAGCUGAAUCAGAGAGCAUUCCUUCCAGAAUGUGUGACUCCCCUGUUGCUGAUGGCUUUUUUAAUAAAGAGGAAGUUUGCUCUGAA